AUGACUGAGCCGACAGAUUCGCCGUUCGAGUCGCUCUGGCAUGAGGCCGAGUCACUCAAGGAACAGGGGAAUGAACACUUUAGCAAAGCAAAGUAUGCCAUGUCUAUUACAAGUUAUACGGAUGCUCUUUUACGUCUACCCUCACGACACGAGCCAUGCCCUGAUGCAUCACUUCAAGACCAGGUGAAAGACACACGGACCAAGGUCUAUACCAACCUGGCCGCAGCACAUUUGAAACUGGACCAAUUCAAGGAAACUGUCACUGCUAGCUCUGAAGCUCUUUCUGAAGAUCCGAAGAACGUCAAGGCACUGUAUCGUCGCGCUAUGGCCAAUGAGCGGUUGGGCGGAUGGUCGCGCCUCGAAUCAGCGCUCAAAGACUACAAAGCUUUGGAAGAACUUGAGAACGAAGGCCUUGUUCCACUUAGUUUUCAUGCCGAGCUUCGUGAGGCCUUGUCGCGCCUUCCACCCAAGAUUCACGCGGUAGGUGAAAGCGAAAAGGCUGCAAUGCUCGGACAACUCAAGAAUAUGGGAGACAAGGUCCUGGGCUGGUUUGGUUUGUCGACCGACAACUUUCAGCUACAACAGCAGGAAAAUGGUGGAUAUUCGGUUCAGUUCAAGUCCUAA